AUGGCGGAAGGAGGUUGUGCCAAAUGUUCCCGAUUAUUACUGAUUAUAUUUAAUUUUGUAUUUUGGAUAUCAGGAGGAGCUUUAUUAGGUGUUGGAAUAUUUUUUCUUGUAUCAGAUGAAUGGAAGAGUUUUCUAGGGAUUUUAAUUGAUAUGAAUCUACCGUUAAAAUUCCUGGCAAUAGCAGCCUAUGUUCUAAUAGCUGUCGGUGCCUUCGUAUUCAUAGCAGGAUUCUGUGGAUGUUGUGGUGCUGUCAGAGAAAGUGCUGUCAUGUUAGGAAUUUAUAUAUUUUGUAUGAUAAUAGUAAUGAUAGGAGAAUUAUCAGCAGGGGUUUAUGUCGCAGUAGAAAAAGAAAAUCUAGAGAAGAUAGCCCAUGAUGGUAUUUCUGAAAGUGUUAAAAAUUACACUGGUACAGGAAAUUCUACUAUAGACUUCAUACAAAUUGAGCUAUCAUGCUGUGGUUCAGAUAAUUUUACUGAUUAUAGAUAUAGCUACUGGAUACAAGAACAAACACCACCAUUAAAGACAUAUGUACCAGAGACAUGUUGUCGUGGAAACGGUAAACCAGAGGAAUAUAGACCUGUUAAUAUAGGAUUGUGUCAAGAAGAGGCUGAACCAGGUAGUUUAAUACCCAGUGAUAAACGUACAGAAUUACGAGACAAGGGUUGUUUUCCAUCUAUUAUGGAAUGGUUAACUUGUAAAAGUGUUAUAUUUAUAGAUGUUGGUAUAGCAUUAAUACAUGGUUGUUUUCCAUCUAUUAGGGAAUGGUUAACUUGUAAAAGUGUUAUAUUUAUAGAUGUUGGUAUAGCAUUAAUACAUGGUUGUUUUCCAUCUAUUAUGGAAUGGUUAACUAGUAAAAGUGUUAUAUUUAUAGGUGUUGGUGUUGGUAUAGCAUUAAUACAGGUUUUAGGAAUCAUAUUUGCUAUAUGUUUAUGUCGGAAUAGAUCGGAUUAUUAUGAUAUGUGA